AUGGCUCGCUUCGUCGAUUUAGGGGACAGUGACGAUGAACAGGGCGCUUCCGAGUCUCUCGCUCAGCAGCACCUGCACCCCGGCGUGAAUGGGAUUGGGCUCAAUGGCAAGGGCCUGGUUGUCCACAACGGCUCCGAUAGGGACCAGGGCAGCCAGCCGCCGCCCGAACACCCUCCGAGGAUACAGAACCUCACCACAAUGGCGUUCGCCUGUUAUCCCGUCGUCGCCGCCAUCGUCUCUCACAUCGACUUGAACACCCUGGAUUCCCUUGCCCGCACCAGCUUCUUCAUCCAUGCUUCGCUCAUCCAGUACCGUCAGGUUCUCAUCAACUCGACCUUGCACUGCUCCAACGAGGCCGUACCGGUAGAUCAUGACCAGGUCUUUCGUUAUCGUGCCAGGGCGAGCAAUUGGGAAUACAUGCAGGAGGAUGGCCGCAACUACGAAGCCAAGUCUGGCGACUGCGCCCGUGACCUAGUCGAGCCAUGCCGACGAUGCAGCAAGGUUAUUUGCCGGAACUGUGCAAUCAAGCCUCCGGCUCCGGUCACUUUACGUGAAAGACAUCGCAGAUUAUGUAGCCCCUGCACCCGCGCCCCAAUUGCGACUCUUGCAAAACCUCCUCUGGACCCAUCGCUUCCCCUUGAUGCAGAAGCGGUACAGAGAGCUUUAUGCCAGUGUGAUAAGCAAGGAGUUUGGCUCUGUCAACCCUGCGGCCGAUCUAUUCGCGGUGCCGAUAACGAGUACCAUCGCAUUUGGCGCUGGCGUAGCCAGUACGGAGAAAUUUUGGGUGGCUUAGGUACGGGCAUUGGGGAGGGCGAUCGCGGUGUCAUCUGCGGUCGCGAGGCUGAUUGCUGCGCUGCCAAGGAGCGUGAACAAGAAAUUGACUGUGAUGCUCAAGACGCCAAAGAUAAUGGCCAUCUCGGCUCUUGGGCUGACGUCCAAUCCGCCUCAUCAAACUCGACUCCCAGUCCCUCUGGAAGCCAGCACAGCCAGAACCCGCUUGACUUGGUUCUGGAAGACUACCGCCAAGAGCGCACCCCUUCGCCACAGCUGCGUACGGGUUAUGAGAGGCAUGAGAUUGAGGGAAUCGGAGGCGUUGUAAAGCGCAAGCUUGUCCGCAUGGUCCGAGUAGGCGCCUGUGUCCCUGACUAUGAGGAUGAAAUUGGUCCUGGCAAGAAAGCACUUGGCCGUGAAGUAAGAGCAUGA